AGAAAACGGUCCCACUGGCGGACUUGCGAUGAAAAUUAUUUAUAUUUCGCUUCUGGCUCGCAAAAAUUGGUCAAAAUAAACAAAGGUUAAUGUGCUGCUGCUGAAUAACGGUAGUGUGGUGAGUCCGCCGGACCGACGAACGUGCGUAACGGUGAGCCGUAAGAGUACAUAUCCGCAAACGGCGCUAAUUAAAAUUGGAUGCUGCAGCGGCCAUCAACAAAAAGCCAACGGAAAACGCAGCGAUUAAAACCCAUAAAAUCGGUCAUACUCUCGCUCAGCGCACAUCCGCCAGUUGUUUUUAUCCUCCAAUCAAGUAAGCCCCGUAAAUAAACAACAGUUAAACUCUACACUGCGAUUAAAUCGGGAAGCGCAGCGGAGGACCUAAAGUCGCUGGCAAGAAGAAGAGCGCUGGCCAAAAGCGCCUUUGAAAGGGAUAAAAGUGGUUUAAUCAAAGUGAAAUUGUUUUGCGGAUUGCCAAACAAACGUAAUCCCGGUUAAAGUGUUCGGAAUUCGGCAAAAACCCAGAGGCGGCAGGUGCUUGGCGCUUUUGAAACGAGACAACACGACGCUGAGUUUCUGGGGUAGAGUUGCCAACCCGAAAAAGAAGCGGGGUUGCCGUUCGUUGCGCCGAAAGUGUUUACCUGGUUUUCAAGGGCCAGUUGCUCUAGGAAACCGGAAUUUCUGAAAUAUCCUGGCCAGAAUAUGUCUUGGAAAUCCAGCUUCAGGCGGUCACAGGCCGGAUAACCGGCAAGAAGCCCAAGCCCACCGAUUAAAGCCCACUUGAUUCAUUCAACAAAGGCUCUAGAGGAGAAGCGACUGCCUGCGAAAAUCUCCCCACUCUAACUAGCUCCUCCUCCAGCGUCGAGAUCUCGUGCGCGGGAUUGACGACGCCGCUAACAACCGAAUUUCUUGCCUACACCGUUAAAGAAAAGCUGCCACCAUUCGGAAGAAGAAUACCUCGAAUAUGACCCACAAUCUCGGUAUGGCGCCAUAUCGAUUGCCGGGUCCAGCGGGAGGACUAUGUCCGCCCGACUUCAAGCCGCCACCUCCGACGGACAUCAUCUCGGCGCCGAGCAAUCCGAAAAAGCGGAGGAAAACGUCAAGUGCCGCCAAUUCAGCUGCAGCCGCGGCUGCUGCGGCAGCUGCUGCAGCAGCAGCUGCAAACUCCAUGCAACAGCAACAGGCUCCGCCCACGCCGCAGGACUUACUGCCUCCGCCGCCGAUGGGCGGCUUCGGAGACACCAUUAUUGCCUCGAACCCGUUCGACGACAGCCCUCAGAUAUCGGCAAUGUCGAGCUCGGCGGCCGCGGCAAUGGCGGCCAUGAACCAAAUGGGCGGUGGUCCAGGAGGCGGUCACUUUGGUGGUGGCGGACCCGGAGGCCAUCCGCACUGGGAGGACCGCAUGGGUAUGGGUGGCGGACCACCUCCACCGCCACAUAUGCACCCACACAUGCACCCCCACCAUCCGGGUGGUCCCAUGGGGCAUCCACACGGCCCCCAUCCGCACAUGGGCGGUCCGCCGCCGAUGCGCGGCAUGAGCCCCAUGCAUCCCCACAAUAUGGGACCAGGACCUGGGGUCGGGUUGCCGCCGCACUUGAAUCACGGACGGCCAGGAGGACCUGGCGGACCCGGUGGACCCGUGCCCAUGGGCAGCCCAAUGGGCGGAAUGGCUGGCAUGGGCGGCAUGAGCCCCAUGGGAGGAAUGGGCGGUCCCAGCAUAUCACCCCAUCACAUGGGCAUGGGUGGACUGUCACCAAUGGGCGGCGGUCCCAACGGACCCAAUCCACGGGCCAUGCAGGGCUCUCCAAUGGGCGGUCCCGGACAGAACUCGCCGAUGAACUCACUGCCCAUGGGAUCGCCCAUGGGUAAUCCGAUUGGCAGCCCCCUGGGUCCGCCCUCGGGACCUGGUCCUGGGAAUCCGGGAAAUCCCAGCGGCCCACAACAGCAACAGCAACCUCCGCAGCCUCCCAUGAACAACGGGCAGAUGGGCCCCCCUCCACUGCACAGUCCGCUAGGGAACGGACCUACGGCGCACGGCAGUCACAUGCCCGGAGGACCUAUACCAGGACCAGGGCCUGGGCCCGGAGGACUCGUGGGUCCCGGUGGCAUUUCCCCCGCGCACAGCAACAAUCCCGGCGGUCCCGGAAAUAACAACAUGCUCGGCGGAAAUCCCGGCGCCGGAAACAAUAACAAUGGAAGCAAUACAAACAACACCAGCAACAACAAUCAAAAUCCUCACCUCUCGCCGGCAGCAGGACGACUGGGAGUCCCGACGUCGAUGCAGUCAAAUGGACCUUCGGUUUCUGUGGCAUCCUCCUCGGUACCCUCUCCUGCCACGCCCACGCUCACGCCUACGUCGACGGCCACGUCGAUGUCCACGUCAGUGCCUACAUCCUCGCCAGCGCCGCCCGCCAUGUCACCGCACCACUCGCUGAACAGCGCCGGCCCGAGUCCGGGCAUGCCCAACUCCGGACCCAGUCCGCUGCAGUCGCCCGCCGGUCCCAACGGUCCGAAUAACAACAAUAGCAAUAACAACAACGGACCCAUGAUGGGGCAGAUGAACCCGAACGCAGUUCCUAUGCAGCACCAGCAGCACAUGGGCGGCGGCCCACCUGGCCACGGACCCGGGCCCGGACCAAUGCCCGGAAUGGGCAUUAACCAGAUGCUACCGCCGCAGCAGCCCUCGCACCUCGGACCCCCGCACCCGCAGCUGAUGAACCACCCGCAUCCACACUCCCAUCCGCACCACCAUCCCGGCGGGCCGCCGCCGCACAUGAUGGGCGGUCCGGGGAUGCACGGCGGUCCCGGAGGAAUGCCGCCCCACAUGGGUGGUGGUCCGAAUCCGCAUAUGAUGGGUGGUCCGCAUGGGAACGCGGGGCCGCACAUGGGUCACGGGCACAUGGGCGGCGUUCCGGGUCCAGGACCAGGGCCCGGCGGCAUGAACGGACCCCCGCAUCCGCAUAUGGCGCCGCACCACGGCCACCCGCACCACCAUCACAAUCCGAUGGGCGGACCUGGACCGAACAUGUUUGGCGGUGGAGGAGGGGGACCCAUGGGCCCCGGUGGACCGAUGGGCAACAUGGGACCCAUGGGUGGAGGGCCGAUGAGCGGCCCAAUGGGCGUAGGGCCCAAACCGAUGACAAUGGGCGGUGGCAAGAUGUAUCCGCCGGGACAGCCGAUGGUCUUCAAUCCGCAGAAUCCGAACGCGCCGCCCAUCUAUCCAUGUGGUAUGUGCCACAAGGAGGUAAACGACAACGACGAGGCCGUGUUCUGUGAAUCCGGCUGCAACUUCUUCUUUCACAGGACGUGUGUCGGCCUGACAGAGGCGGCCUUCCAAAUGCUCAACAAGGAGGUGUAUGCCGAGUGGUGCUGCGACAAAUGCGUGUCUUCCAAGCAUAUUCCCAUGGUCAAGUUCAAGUGUUGAAGCGGGCGAAACUGGGAGUCGGUAUCAGAAUCAUCAUCCCCAUCAACGUCAGCGGAAUCUAUCGAUCAACCACCAGCAAAAGCAACAGCAACAGCACCAGCUAGCACUCACUCACUGUAUAAAAUAUCCAAGCAUUAACUCUAUCUUAAUUGUAAGACUUAAGCUGCUCAAUAGUCACGCCCCGACCGAUCCUGUUACCCAACAGUCCCGAAAUAGAAACCCGUUACCAGUAAGCGACCCACUGAAGUGCCGGAGCAGUGUUGUGACUUUCAGCUCCGGGCUCCUGGCCCACUCGCGACAUCCUCCUGAAACAAAUACGCAAAUAAGCAAACCUUAACGAAAAGUGUAAACGAAAUAUGUUUAUUGUAAUAUAGUUGUAAUAUGUAUGUAUGUCUGCAUGUGGAGUAAUCAAACCGGACGAAAACCGCAAAACGAAAACGGAAACGGAAACAAAGCUGAGAAACAAUCUAGUUUGUAUUAUAAAACGAAAUUGGUUAAAAUUAAUGAGCGAGAAGAGGAGUAGGGAUAGGGCUCAUCCCAAUUUGAAUACUACUCGAUCAGCCGGAAUUCGACAAGAACACAACAGACAACCACACUUAACUAAUUGAACACAUAUAUCUGAUGACAUAUUCAACACAUUUGAGGAUGAGUACAGAAAUUGUAACGAAAUGAAAUUAUAAUUGUGAAAUUGAUGCAAACUG